UUCUGCGUUGUGCUACUAUAUCCCUCCGAGCAAGAACCCUCGGAACCAAGCGAUACCUCUCGAAUAACAUACUUACCUUUUGGCGGUAAACAACCACUCAAUUCAACGUCACCAUGUCGGAUGUAUGGCCCCUGACAGGCCCCAAUGACUCGCCACCAGAGUCCGACCUCACCUCAGACUCACCCCGCACUGCGCUCCUAACUCCGCCCUUCAUCGACGACGCCUCCCUUGACCGGCUAGACGACAACGAGCUCGACCCGGAACUCACUCGCCCACACCGCAUACCCCGCGGCCCAGGCAAGCGGUUCCGCACAGAACGCGAGCGUGCCCACUCAGGCACUACCAAGGGCGACCUCCUGCGCUUGCUCAUCGCCGAAGAGUACGAGUCCCGCCAAACCCGCAAGGUCCUCUACACCGUUUUCGAUAGGCUUGAUGCCGAGUCACGACGCGCGAGUGAAGCCGAGAAGCAGACUAGUCAGGUGUUCGACACGAUCAGAAGACUCAGGGAGGACUUGAGUAGAACGCAGGCAGACGCGGCCACUGCGAAGGAGGAGCUCAAGCUAUAUCAGCUGCAGCUGAGGAAUGCCCAGGAGGAGAUCAACAAGGCACAGGAGGUCGUCAAGACGCUCGAGCGGCAGAGGGACGAUGCAGAGGACGCGGCUGCUCGGGGGCGCGCUGCUGUCCGUAGACUGAACGAGGCACGGCUGGUCGAGCAGGCUCGUGAAGAGGGGCACAAGCUCGGGUUUGAGGAGGGAUUGAGGCGCGGUCGCCAUGUUGGCUACAACGAGGGCGUUGACAAUGGUCGCGAAGAGAUGCGUGAGCACGCCGAGCAAGCCCUCGACCGCAUGGUGCAGGAGCAGGGAGAGGUACAGAGUGGCGAGCGUACCCCACCUAUGGAGGAGGAAGAGGAGGAAGACCUGGACGUUGAGGGUAACGCCGACGACCUCGUCAAUCGCCCACCCACCGAUGGGACACCCGACAUCCUGCGCAUGUCUUCCUCCAUCCCAUCCUCUUUGCAAAGCAAUGGGCCAACGCCAGGACCAAGCCCCAGGAGCGUGCAUCAUAUCCGUCCACCUCCGUCACCUUCUACCCGAACUCAGUCACUGAGCGAACUGUCCCCCGCAUCAUCCGAAUACCCGCCCAUGCGCCCGCCGUCUCAGUCUUCAUACGUCCCUCCGCGUCCACCUUCACAACCCCAAUAUCCAGUCCGUCCACCGUCAUCUGGGAGUCACCACCGCCGUUCCCACUCGCAUCAACAACAACCCCAGUCAUGGCCUGAACCACCAGUUCGUCCGCCGAGCGCCCCUAUUUCCGUCCAGAAUGUCCCACACAGUGUCCACCAUCCUCAAACAUACAUCCCGCCGGAUGGCUAUAUUCCCACCAAAGACGAAUCCGGUAUCUCUCUUCCUCCACCACAUGAGUUCUAUAUGGGCGUCCCCUCCGCUCCGUCGUCGGCUACAUCUACAGUCCCGCCUGCACCGCCACCCGCCGUCCCGCCCCCUGGUAUCCCCUCGGUGCCAAGCGACGGCUCCGACCUCGCACCGCUCCGCGACCCUGCAUACGAUCCCCCAUACCCACCAUUUGAGAUCCCGAAUCCUCGCGGGAGAGCCUCACCAGACCUCGACUCGCAGAGCUCUGCGCACCGCUCGCAGACGUCAAGUAUCUCGCAGCUCGACCUUGUCGGCCUACCAGGCGCGACGCCGGUCAUGGGCCCCGCGCGCAGGCGGGAGCGAGAACUCCGGGACCGCGAUCCAAACCGCAUGAGGGGGCUUAGUGUCAUUCAUGAGGAUGCGGGCAGCCAACGCUCGAGCUCGAUGGGGAGUGUGCCGAUGGUUGCAGGGGAGAUACCGGUGACACCGGGCGCAUCGGGGUCGAGGCGGACGAGGAAGGAAUCGUACGGGAGUAGUGCGAGGGGAAGCCCCAGGAGAGGGGGAGGAGAGGAGGACAGUGACACGAUGAGUAUAUACGAGAUGCGUGAUCGGCAGGCGAAGCAGAGGCUUGCGGAUGAGCUGAGAUAUUCGGACCCAUCGAAGGUGGAAGAGUGGAGGCGCUCAGGCAGUAGUCGGUCGCGUACGCAGAGUGUAGGCUCGUCGGCGCGCCAUCGCCCUUCGCACGUUACGGUGCCGACUCCACUUUCUCCCCCUCAGCAAGCACCGGCGCCUCCAACAGAGUACGUGAAUCCGCGUCAUCGACGUGUUCAAUCCCUUGCGGCCACCUCGCAACCUCAACCACCGCCACCACCUCAGCCCCAGCCCCAGUCGCAGACGUCCCCGUCACAUUUGCGUCCGCCAAGCCAGUCAGGGCAACAGCGUCCAGAUCCAGGUAGGCGCCUAUCCAGCGAUAGCUCGGUGCCUGGCAUCACGAUCCAGCCUCCCUCGAACCCUCCCUCGGACGCUCCCUCUCGCCGUUCCAAUCGCCCAGCGCCUCAGCCACAAGCACAUUUACUGUCACCAGAUCAAGCUCCCACGCCUCUGCCUCCUGACAGUGGCUCGGGCCAAAAUCUGACAGAGCGCUAUCAGCCGAAACAUCCCUCCCCGCUCGUGCCCGCUGCACCGAACUCACCUUCGGCUCCGCCAACUAGGCUCGACGGUCCACCAGUUAUCCCCCGACCACCAAGCCAGAACCAGCACUAUCAGCCUAUAAAUCCCUACCAAAGGCCCAGCCAGAGCCAGGAACAUGGCCAGGCCCCAUUCCAACCCGCGCCUCCCAGCCCAUACAACAUCUACGGAGCGCCUCCGCUUUCAAACGCUCCCGACUUCAGCCAGUUCCCUUCGGGAUUCCAGCCCACUGGUCCCACACAACCAAGCCCUGGCCCUACGGCCGCCCCAUCGCUCCCACCCAGCGCACCUGAACCACCGCUGGAUCCGCGAACCAUACAGGUAGGCUCGAGCUCGAUGCGUCCGCCGUCGAGAGGGUUCGUGCCACGUCCACCAAGUACGCCCGCAUUGCCCGUCCCGCCGCCGGGCGGAAGCGCGUACGUGCCGUACAGAGGUGGGGGUGGCGAAGGCGGCCCGCCACCUGUGAUUCCGGGGCAGCAGAUGCGCUCGAAGACGCCAGCCUCUGCUGCGGGUGCGGGUGCGAGUGGUCUGUAUGCGGAAGCGCCGCUGCCGCCUGGGGUGGCGUACCCGUCUUCGCCCAUCUCGCGUCCGCCGACGUUGGGUUCGCUAGGAGGGGAGUCGGCAGCGGGCGGGCCGUCGUCAGCCAAUGCUGGGAUGACGCCCGCCGCGUUUGGCCGGCCGCAAUCGCUGCGCACCUCUGUCACUGGCGCAUCUAUACCCGAGACCGUUGUAGCGGAUGGAGGACGCGAAGGAAAGAAAGGAAAGAAGAAAAGCAAGAAGAAUAAAGCUCGGGUGCAGGAAGAGGAGGCGCCGCAGACAAGGCCAACGAGCUCGUACUCGCACGGUCUCGAGCGGAAGCCAUCGUACUCAAAGUUCGAUCCGAAGAUGUACAACGACCCCGCGUUCUUGUCGAGUAACGAGUCGCUGGUUGAUCCACACACGGUCGCGAAUACGAGUGUAAAUGCGGCUGGACGUGGUGCUGCUGGUGCACCUAAGUCGCCAUAUAACUUUUAUGCGAAUUUGCCCGGGGGUCGUUGAGCGGGGAAAGGUGUAAGUCCGAAUCUGUUGCACAUGCAGCGGUCUAUACAUGUCGUCGUUACAGAUGCUCCUUGUCACAUACUUAGUAGUCUAAGUAGUAUUUACGUAGGUACAUGCCGCUGUCCAUUUAGGUAGAUGUUUUAUGAGUAAUGUACUGUAUAGGUCAUCGUCUAUAAC